AUGCCUAUUUUGAUGCUGGCGUUCUUCGCUUUGCAACUAGACCGCGCCAACAUUGGAAAUGCCCUUACCGAUAACUUCCUGAAAGACAUCGAUAUCAGCCAGAACAUGUUCAAUGUUGGCCAACAAUUGCUAAACGCGGGGAUUGUGUUACUCGAGAUUCCCAGUAAUAUAAUUUUAUACCGUUUGGGACCCAAGAUAUGGAUCAGUGGUCAGAUCUUCGCCUGGGGAUUGGUGGCAACCUUCCAGGCUUUCCAGCACGGACUGCCAGCUUUCCUUGCGACAAGAUUGCUACUUGGAAUGCUUGAGUCUGGUUUCAUUCCCGGUGGUCUUUUUACCCUCUCGCUCUGGUACAAGGGGGGUGAAUUGAGCAAACGGUUCGCCCUAUACUUCAUCGGCAAUGGUCUUGCAACAGCAGCAGGCGGACUUCUUGCUUAUGCAAUCCUUCACAUGCGCGGUGUUGCUGGACUAGCAGGUUGGCAAUGGCUCUUUAUUCUCGAAGGAAUCUUCACAAUCCUUGCGGGAGUUGUCUUUGCUUGCCUCUUUCCAGGUAGCCCUUCUAAUCCAGUCUCUCUUACCGGCAUUCGGUACUUCAACGACCGUGAAGUCAUGAUCUUACAGCAGAGAAUCGUUUUAGACGACCCAUCAAAGGUAUCCAAGAAGCAGCAUAUUGGACUCUCCGAUAUCAUCAAUACUUUGAAAAACGCGAAGCUCUGGUUCCACAUCACCCUGACAACUGUUGGUCUUGCACCGACCACUGCGCUCUGGUCAUAUGCGCCAAGUAUCGUUGCCUCCUUCGGGUAUGACCGACUUGCCGCUAAUGCCAUGACUUCGAUCGGCAAUUGGAUAUCGGUCUUCCUCUUGAUUGUAGCUGGAGUCGCUGCCGAUAAAUGGGGUCGACGAGGUUUCAUCGUUUUGAUUGCUGUUACCAUCGAGUUCAUUUUCACCGUCGCAUACAAGUGCCUCCCCGACAAUUCGGGCGCAAGCCUGAAAUUUGGAAUAUUGACUAUGGCCUGUGCUACUUGCAGUUGGUGGCACGCUGUCAAUGGAUCGUGGCUGUCGAUCAACGCUCGGUCUCCCGCAGAAAGAUCUAUUCGCAUGGCAAUGUUUAUCAUGGCUGCAAACUGUGCAGGAAUUGUUGGCGGUCAAUUGUUCCGCUCAGAUGAUCUGCCGUACUACCAUCGUGGGUGGAACAUUGCCGUGUCCUUCAUGUCCCUGUCGGUGGCUCUAGUAAUUGGCCUUCUCAUUCUGUAUGUGGUAGCCAAUCGACGGAUGAAGAAGUCUGGCAAUGUCGUGACAAGUUAUAACGUAUACACGGAUGACAAAGGGCGAGAUCCUGCGGUGCUGGAGCAAGCUUCAAAUGACCAGACCCCGAAGCAGCAGCUGUACAACUUUUGA